AUGCCAGCGCCCGCUGGCGACCAGGGCCGACAGCCCGCCCCUCGGCGCGGCAAAUGCGCCGCCGCCGCCGCCGGCCCCGCUCCCGCCGCCGCGGCGGCCGUCGCCGCCCCGGCGGUCCCCGCCUCCGCCCGCCGCAAGCGCCCUGCGGCCGCCGCACCAUCCGCCGCAUGUCGCAACGGCGAGCGGCCGCGCACGCCCCCGCCCUCCCCUUCACGGGACGCGGGCGAGGGCGGGGGCGCCGCGGCCCCGCCGCCCAAGAAGGCGCGGAAGCCCACGAAAAAGCAGAUCGCGGAGCGCGUGGCGUCAGAGGCGAGGCACGGGCUCUUCCUAGGAGACGUGUCGCUGCUGGCCGCCUACUCCCACAUAUCUGCUUUCUUCUGCGGCGCCCCACAGCAUGAAGAGCACGGGAGCGAGGGGCGACAGGAGGGCGGGGACGGGAUCCCAGGUGGGGAGGAUAAGCUAGGCAGCAAGCCGGCGCGGGGCGCAGACGCCGGCCGCGGCGCGGCGCUGGCUGCGGCGCAGGCGGCGCACGAGGACGAGCACGGGUGCAGCGACGCCGCGGGCGCGGCGGCGCCGGGCGCGGCGGAGGCGGCGGAGGCCGCGGCGCGACUGCCUUUUGACCUUGACGCCGCCGGGCGCGACCAGGCGCGCGCCCUGGCGGCCAUCGAGCGGGCCGCCUCCGGGCCCGCGGGGCGCGGGCAGCGGCUGGCGCUGCACCUGCACCGCCGCGGCGGCGGGGGGCAAGUUGAGGUCGAGGUGAAGGCUGAGGGCGCGGGCGAGGGCGUGGGCGGCGGCGGGGCAGCAGGGCGGGAGCUGCUGGUUUUGCCCAACUUGGGCUAUGCGUGCCUCAACAUGACCCUCAGGCAGUACGAUGUCUUCAACUCUCGCAACCUCGUGCAGCGCACCUUCAAGGGCGAGGGGGGCCUGGCGGCCGUCAGCCGUGCGGCACUCGCCAACGCGCGCGACCUCGCGCCCAUCAUCAGGCGCGUGCGCCCCCACGACUUUCACAACCCCCUAUGGUCCCUGCCGCCGCACCGCGCCCGCCGCCCGCCAUCGCCUGCGGUGCAGUGGAACGAGAGCCACGGCAUCCGCCUCUUCCGGGUGUCCUCCACCAUCCUCCCGUGGAUGACAUUCUACAAGAUGGAGGACUUGGAGGACUGGGCAGAGAUCCAGAAGGCCCUGCAGGAGGCUGGCGCACUUGCGCGGCGGUUUGGGCACCGCCUCACGUACCACCCCAGCGAGUUUUGCAAAAUCGCGGGCCCCGACCGAGCAGAGUGGGUGACUCAGAGUGUGGCAGAGCUGGAGAUCAAUAUACACGUUGGCGGGACGUACGGCGGCGAAAAGGAGGCGACGCUGCGACGCUUUUCAGACGUCGUCAACACGCGGCUGUCCCCCAACUGCAAGGCGCGCCUCACGGUGGAGAAUGACGACCGGGCGUCCCUUUACAGUGUGCGCGACCUGCUGCUGGUGCACCGCCUGACGGGCAUCCCCAUCGUCUUCGACUUCCACCACCACGGCUUCUGCGACGGGGGUUGGACUGAGGAGGAGGCCUUCCGGGCCGCCAUUGCCACCUGGCCGCAGGCGCACUAUGUGCGCGGCCCCAUCCACCUGUAUGGCGAGGAGGGCCGCGUCGAUGUGAUGAUCGAGUCAAAGGCCAAGGAGCUCGCCCUCCUGAGGUACCGCCAGGCGGUCCUGGAGGACGGCGGCCGCGUGGCCCCGCCGCCAGGCCAGCCCCCUACGCGCCGCGCGGACAUCCCAUCGGGCGGCAAGGCCGGCGAGCUGCGGGACGGGUUGGAGGCGGCCGCGGCGUGGCUCAAGGAGGCAGGCGGCGCGGAGGAUGUCCGCGAGGAGGAGCGCAGCAGCCCGGCCGGCGGGCGCGGCCGCGGGCGCGGCGCGUCGCUGCGCAAGGGCAGCAGCCGGGGGGCGGCGCGGGCGGCGCGGCGGCGGGUGGCUGCGCGGGCGGCGUCGCCGGGCAGCGAGGACAGCAGCAGCAGCGAGGGGACGAGCAGCGAGAGCAUGCCUAGCAGCACUGCGACCAGCUCUGGGGGCACCCCAACCAGCAGCAGCAGCAGCGAUCAGAGCAGCUGA